GUCAGAGACAGAGACAGAGACAGAGACAGACCGCCACAAGGCAACUUAGGAUUCUCUCCUUUUUUAAUUUACUUUCCUCUUUUACUAUAUUUUUAUAAAACACAAAACUCUCUUCUCUUUUUCUCUCUGUCACCGCUGAAUCAACACACCAAACCCUAAUCCUAACUCAACAGCCAACACUGCCGAGAAUUUGUGAUGGCUUCCAAGAGGAUCAACAAGGAGUUGAAAGACCUGCAGAAGGACCCUCCUGCUUCAUGCAGCGCUGGUCCUGUUGCUGAUGAUAUGUUCCACUGGCAAGCAACAAUUAUGGGCCCAGCUGACAGCCCAUUUGCUGGUGGGGUGUUUCUCGUAUCCAUUCACUUCCCACCAGAUUACCCAUUCAAGCCACCCAAGAGCGUGCCAGUCUGUCGGACCAGAAAUGCACAUCCUGGAGUGUCCUAUGGCAUUCAUGGAGGUCUCUUUCCGUACAAAGGUUUUCCACCCCAACAUCAACAGCAAUGGAAGCAUUUGUCUUGAUAUUCUCAAAGAACAGUGGAGCCCUGCUCUUACAAUAUCCAAGGUUCUUCUGUCCAUCUGUUCACUGUUGACUGAUCCAAACCCUGAUGAUCCCCUGGUGCCUGAAAUUGCUCACAUGUACAAGACAGACAGAUUCAAGUAUGAAACCACUGCUCGGUCUUGGACCCAGAAAUAUGCCAUGGGCUAGGGUUCCACAUCUGCAGGAGGGACAAAAAUGUCUAUGGCCCUAUUAGUAAAUAAUAGAAACUUCAUCUGGGUCUGCUUUUGUUGUCUUGGUUUUUGAAGAUCAAUGGGAGUUUAUUUAUUAAUGCAUGUUCAUCAACAGUUAGUUAAUAUUUACAUGAAAACCAAAAUGCAAAAUGUUACCUAUGCUUUACUUAAA